GAAAAGCUUCGCAUUGUCCACAACAACGUCCGGCGACUCCUACGCUUGCGAUAACCUGUCAAUUGACACGCCUCAACAAGUUGCGGUUGAUCCGACUCCUGUGUCCUAAUCCGCACGUUCGCUAGGACACGAAGACAGCUUUCCGAUGGCUUCUACGGGGGUUAACGUCCUCCGAUACUCAGCACUUGGCGCUGGUAUCUUCUACGGAAUGUACCACCAAGCAAAGCUCACAUCAGCUGCAAAACUAGCUGCGAUCAAUAGAGAAUACGAGCACAAGCAACAAUUGAUCGAGAAGGCGAAGGCGGAAUACUCGAAAUCGAAAUUGCCAGCGAGUGCAAAGACGGAAAGCGGAGGAAUUAUAAGAGAUCCCAACGACAGUAGGUUUGAUUUGGAGGCGUACCUGAACGUUGUGGACGCCGAGAACCUAUAGGACACGGAAGGAUAGAGCAGGAAGGGCCGUGAAGUAAUGGUGGGCUGAGACAGAAGGGUUGGGCUGGUGGAGUGACUUGUGGUUGCUGGUACGGCAUGAAGAGAUGUCAUUGCGAUCAUACAAAAGCCUUAGACGUCACUUAGCAUACUUCUUGUACAUUGUAUCAUAAUUGGAAGAAAGGUUGAAGGGUAUCCAACGGCAAGGUUCAAAGUCUGGCGAGAUUGCAAUGUGCUUUAUCCUCUCUGCUGUAUGUCAGAUGGUUUUGGACUGUGAUAGAAGAUUUUCUCACGCUUCGAAGACUUACAUCUCUCUUCUCAGGAGAUAUGCACGACUGUAAUUCAAUUGGAAAACUAGAAUACAUGGAAGCCAACUCAAGAUUACCG